AUUAUAAAAACUGAAAAUUAAAAAACAAAUGUAACUAUCUGUCAAAUUUAUGACAACGAUGCCAUCUAAAGAUCAUAAAUAUUUUUACACAACGUGAUUCGCAAAAAAUCCACAAUAUGGUUCAAUUAUUAAAACACAUCGUUAUAAGACUCAAGUCAAUCAAGAGUAUAAAGAAAAUAACGAAGACGAUGAAAAUGGUGUCGGCUAGCAAAUUCACACGAGCAGAGCGGGAGCUAGAGGCAGCUCGGCCCUUCGGUUACGGGCCCCGCAAGUUCUACGAGGGCACCAAGCUGGUGAAGGGCAACGUGGACGCGGAGGAGUUCGCGCUCUACAGCAAGGAGGACAUACCUAAGAAGACCGCACACCGGCUGCAGCUGAUCGAGCGGCCGGAAGACAAGGGCAAGAAGAUCAAGAAGAUACACGUGGCCGUCACAUCAGACAGAGGGCUAUGUGGCGGCGUGCACACCGGCAUCGCGCGACGUAUCCGGCGAGAGUUAAAGAACGCCGAGCCCGAGAUCAACAAGCUGGUAUGCAUCGGAGAAAAGGCGCGCGGGAUGUUGUAUCGCACCUUCCCGCAAAGCAUGCUCAUCAGCAUCAAAGAUAUCGGCCGAGUGCCGCCAGUGUUUUAUGACGCGGCGCUGGUGGCCGCCGCCAUCGCCGAGUCGGGCUACUUGUAUGAUGUGGGCGAAAUAUUCUACAACAAGUAUUUCUCUCCCGUCAAGUACGAGCUCUACGUCAUACCGUUUUUCAACAAAGUGCGCAUUGAGACCGCACCAAAUAUGCACGCGUUCGACGAAGUCGACGACGAGGAGCUGACAUGCUAUUUGGAGUGGACGCUGGCGGCAUUGCUAUUCUUCGCGAUAAAGGAGAGCGCCGCGGCGGAGCAGUCGUCGCGCAUGUCUGCUAUGGACAACGCCACCAAGAACGCGGACGACAUGACCGACCACCUCACGCUCGUCUUCAAUCGCACGCGCCAGGCAGUCAUCACCCGGGAACUCACCGAAAUCAUCUCCGGCGCCGCUGCACUCAAGAACGUCUGAUAUCAUAACAGUCUAUUUAUAAAUUGAUUUAGAGAUCAUCUACAGGAGGCGAGCGUGUCCUGGAGAGCUGCGGGGAGCACGGUGUCGCUGUAGCACAAGUAUUCAGGUGAGUGCCACCCACAAGUGGCAGUGUUCACACUUUCACUCAACCACUAAACUGUGUACCUGCUAUGAUUUCGUUCCGCGCAGGCAAUUUUUUUAAAAUAUGUGUCAAUAGAUAUUUGGUAUAUGAAACUAAUCAAUUUAAAAUAAAA